GCAGAAUGUACUAUCCUGAAGGCUCAAUAUCCAGGGGAGAAUUCGAUAAUUUCUUAGAAGCUAUCAAUUCAAGUUACAUAUAGGGCCGAUCAUUAUCAUGUCAAACACAUUGGACCGGGUCUCGUAUUACCUACGUCUAUUGUCGUGGUAACUCUCUUGAAUUUAAAACGUCUGUGGAAAACUGCGGGUGUGUGCACAAGGAAGUGAAACCCGCGAACAACACCCAGUUAUCAACGGGAGAAAUAAAAAAUGGGUGGCUGGCAGAUCUUGCUUUAUAUUUUGUAUUUCCUGGUAUAUCAGGGAGAAUGUUUAUUUGAAUCUACGGAUAACUUAACCUGGACCGAGGCACAGAGAUUCUGUAGGGCCCGCAACUCUACUCUAAUCCCGGGGACCAAGGAAAACUUCCUCACCCCCCACUGGACAGGACUUUACCACCGACUCUCGGACUGGAUACACGUGCUGGGUUGUUACGAUAGUCAGUCCGUGGAAGGUCUGGGGGUUCUCUCUAACCACAGCCUGGACAGGGGAUCAGUGGGACUUUGUCAGGAGAGGUGCGGAUCUCAAAGUUUCGCUCUACAGAGUGAUAGGUGUCUCUGUUUGGGGAGUAUUCCCCAGGGUCAAAGUUUGACUUCUUCACGAUGUGACAGGAGCUGUUCCUAUGACGACGAUAGUCACGUGAACGACUGCGGAGGAAGCGACACCUACAAUGUCUACAAAGUAACACCGAGGGAUGAUAGAUUUAAGAGUGAGAGAACGGUGAAUUGUGUAGUAUUGGGAUGUUACGAACAAUACGCUCAGAUCCAUACUGACAACUGUACCGAGGACUUAGGUCGAGUCUGCGAGUCACAAGUGAACAUCAACAAAACCCUUCCGCCUGACGAAGAGGACUUUAAAUCAUGGAGGCAGACGUACGCAGAGUGUGAGGCAAAAGGAAGUUAUCUAUACGGCAAUAUCAGUCUGUUCGAAGACCCCCGAGCGCUAUGUACCAGACUGUACGACAUGAAAAGCAACACCCCAGAGACCUGGCUUGGGGUUGCCAGACAAAUCUUCCUGACCAAGGACAGAGGAGUGGACACUGGUGUCGUAUUGACCUGUCAGAUAUGUCGUGAUCAGAAAGGCUGCUCGUUUGUGGAGAACUGCGCGGAUGUUUCUCUAAAAGCGUAUGCCGUUUGUGGAGAUGCAAAUGAUUUACUAGACCCUACUACAUCAGAGCCAACAACAACAGAAAUCCCAACAACAACAACAGAAAUCCCUGAAACAACGACAACAACAGAAAUCCCUACAACAACGACAACAGAAAUCCCUACAACAACAACGACAGAAAUCCUUACAACAACAACAACAGAAAUCCCAACAACAACAACAACAGAAAUCCCGACAACAACAACAGAAAUAACAACAACAACAACAACAGAAAUCCCAACAACAACAACAGAAAUCCCAACAACAACAACAACAGAAAUCCCAACAACAACAACAACAGAAAUCCCUGAAACAACGACAACAACAGAAAUCCCUGAAACAACGACAAGAACAGAAAUCCCAACAACGACAACAGAAAUCCCUACAACAACGAUAGAAAUCCCUACAACAACAACAACAACAGAAAUCCCAACAACAACAACAACAGAAAUCCCUACAACAACAACAACAGAAAUCCCUACAAUAACAACGACAGAAAUCCCUACAACAACAACAACAGAAAUCCCUACGACAACGGUUAUAGAAAUCACGACUAAAACAGAAAUAACAGCAACAAACCCUACAAUAUCAGAAUUCUUUACAACAGCAGAAAUACCCACAACAUCAACAAAUAUUCCUUUAACAACAACUACUUCAAGAGAAAGGCCACCAACAACAGAAAAUCCUACAACAGAUAGUCUCUCCGAGAUAACAGAAAGAAGUACCGCAACGGAAUCAACGACAGAAAUGUCCAGGACAGACCUGACAACAGGGAAUCCAUCACCCUCAACAUACACCGAACAACUCCCACCCUCAACUUCAAAAACAAUUAUAUUCACCACAACUAAACCGGUGUCACCUGAACCACAAACCGGAAUAGAUGCUGCCACGGAGCGAGCAAUAGCAGUGACGGCGUCAGUGAGCGGGGUGGGGAUUAUCUUGAUCAUCAUAGGACUCGUCUGCAAACAGAGGAAAAAGAUACAAAACGCCGUUCAAUACAGAAGAGGUAAACCUACUGGGAUCACAUAUAAACAUUACAGCAGCGGUAUCGCGUACUCCUUGUAUGACGAGAUUCUCCUGCCGGAUUUGAAUUUUGGCACAUUGGCAGAAAAUACCGAGGAGAUGAAAGAAGUCGGAGAAUUUGGGGCUUACUAUCAAAACGUGGACACAGAGGACGAAACCGUUAUUAGCGCGGUUCCCUCGAAAGAUGUGACGAAAGGUAAACAAAGGGAGGCAAUGAAUAAUCACGUGACAAAAAAUGGCGUGAAUAAUACAGCGGUUACAAAAAUUAUGGAUGAAACUCCUAGGAGUGACAAUAAUGUGUUGAAUGGUGAACUGACUAAACCCUCACACGAAUCUCGGUCUCACAAGACAUUGAUUAACGUGACAAAAGUACCCCAGGGUGAGAGGCCAGGAGAUAGAACAGAGCAAAGCAGGUGCGCGCCCUCAGUGACAGGUCAAGGAGACGGCGACUCCAAUAAAAUUGUGUCCGUGAUACAUGUCUCCCAUUCAUGAAUCCUGCCAUGUAUAUGAAAAUCAAAAUAUGUACCAACCAAAGAAUAGCAUGUAUAUAUACAUAUAAAUAUCCGCAGUGACGUAUGACAUAUAACCGGUUGUGGUGGCUCGGUGGGUAGAGAGUUCGUUUCGUGACCGGGAGGUUGUGAGUUCGAGCCUCUCGUGUCUAGGCGGCGUUCGACCUAUGACGUGAAAAUAUGUAGGGACUGCUCAUUCAUCAAACGCUCGGCAUAUAGGUAUGAUAGCCGCGGGUCUUUCAGAUAGGACAUUGAAAAAGAGGUCCAAUGUCGCCGACAGGCAUUGGCAAGAUAACAAACCCUGAGCGCCAUAAUUUCUACAGCUAGUGAUGUCUCUAUAUGAGUGAAAGUUUCUUGAUGAAAAUGAAAAUUUCAGAUCUGAUGAAUGUUUACAUUUGAAUACUUGGCGUGUAAUUGUGGUGUAUAUAUGUGAUUUACCCGUGUCUUCAUAAUCCUGUUGCACGAUCCAACAACAUUUUUCAGGAUUUCAAAUCUUAACUACACAUCUUAUUAUUUCAUUUGCAAGAUAUAUCAUUCUAUAUUAGUCACAGUAAUAUUGAACUCAUAAUUGUGUUAAUUCAAUUGAAUAUGAAAUGUAAUUCAUUGGGAUAUGAAAUGCAUUUGAUAUGAGGAUAUAAAGAACGUGAUCAAUCUCCUGAAUCCUACAAAAGAAUAAAAAUUAAAAGUAGGGCAAACACGGACCCCUGGAUGCACCUGAGGUCAGACCCGGAUUUCUCAAAGAAACUUGGACUUAAGUCCGAGAUUUUACUCAUUUUUACUGUUCAAAUAAAUGAAAACUCAAACUUAAGUUUGAGAUUUUUUUCUCGAAAUUCAAGCCUGGUGUAUAGGAGGAGUAAGCAUCCCCUAUUGACCGGUCACAUCCGCCUUAAUCCCUAUAUCUUGAUCAGGUGUGAACGGAGUAAUCCGUAGUCAAAAUCAGUAUGUAAAGAACGAUCUAAUAAUUGUAUGUGGUAGUAUUUACAUGUACUACAGCGCUCAUUUCAAGUGCAUUUCACACCCGAAGGAAGUUAUAAAAAAGGAUAUCCUCUUUCUUAAACACUUACCCAGUAUUGAACAGCCAAGUAAUAUUAUAUCAUCCAAAAUCUUUUACUUUCUGUUCACUGUAUAUGGAGUUAUAGUAAUAUAAACGAAGUACAAAAAGUGGCAACAGAGACAUACAUGUAACUGCGAUAUAUACUUAGUCUAGUAAUUGAAUAUAUAUGUAAUAUAAAUGGACAUAUACAAGUAUUAUAUAUGUAAAAAUAUUCCCUGAAUGUAUGCAAUAAAAUAGAAAAGAACCA